AUGUGCGACGAUUUCCCCGAGUCCUUUGUCGGCCCCUGGACCGAACUACUCGGUGCCCAUGCCAAAGACCAGACCGGUGACCUACCCAACUACUACGUCAACGACCCAGCAUCCCUCAUCACCACCAGCGUCCCCCGGGCACUCUAUGUCGGCACGGGCGUGUCGAUAUUUACGCGAGCUCUCCUGCCCGCCAUUCUCAAUGCCAAGCACACCGUCGACUUUGUCACCUGCUACUGGGCCCCCUCACCCACGCUCGACUCGUUCCGCGAAGCCUUCGAGAAGCUGGCCGAUUCGCGCCUCGAGACUCCCCACGCACCCACCCUGCGUGUUACCAUUGGCCUGUCAUCACGCAGCCUCUUUCAGAAGCUCCUUCAUACGUCAUCCCCUGAUGGCUACGUCUACCCGCCCACCAAGUGGCACCAGCUGGGCUUGCCCAACCCCGAGACGCUGCGCAAGGCUGGCAUCGACCUCACCGUCAAGAGCCUUUUCUUCACACCCUUUAGCGUCAUGCACUCUAAAUACCUCAUUGUUGACGAUUCCAGGGCAUGGGUCCCCAGCUGCAACGUGAGCUGGGAGCGUUGGUUCGAGGGGUGCGUCGAAGUCGAGGGCGACGUCGUUCACCUGCUCAGCACCUUCCACAGGAACGUCUGGGACCCCAGAAGGGCGACAGCCUCUGAAUCCUGGCCUUCCUCCCCCGGCAGCGACAGGAGGCGCUCGUCUAUGACUCUGAACAAGACGCCUCUCCGCUCCAAGCGCGCGUCAUUGCACUCGGGCGGCCUGCAGUUUUCACCCACGCAAUCGCUUAAGUUCCCGGCUACCACCACAGUGCCCACCAUCUUUCUUCCCUCUUCGCACCACCGCAACCCGCGUUUUCGCCUCUUCCCCUUCCUAUCGCAUUCGGAUCCGCCUAUGACACCUCUUAACGCCGCCUUCCUCACACUUGUCGCUAGUGCAGAGCGCAACAUUAGCAUCGUCACCCCAAACGUCACAUCGUGGCCCGCUAUGGAAGCCCUCCUCGCCGCCCUGGCCCGUGGCAUUGACGUCCAGAUUCGCACCAGUAAGAAUAUGAUGAUGCUCGAGCAGCUCGUCACCGCCGGUACCACCACGGCAUGGUGUCUAGACCGCUUCAUCGCCAAGUACAAGGCUAUUGUCAACCGGAAGCCGAAACUGAAUGACCCAGAGGCCCCCGCCCUGGGCCCUGGACGCCUCGAGAUCCUGUACUACAAGCCCCUCGAGAGCCGGCUGGCAGAGGAUGACGAGCCCGUCCUGUCUCACUUCAAGAUGACCAUGGUCGAUGACGAGUACCUCAUCCUCGGAUCCGCCAACCUUGACAGGGCAAGUUGGUGGACCAGCCAGGAGAUUGGUGUUCUCUUCCACGUCCCCGAAUUCGAGGGCCGUCAACUUUGGGAGGGAGUCCUGGAGAAGCGUGCCGAACCUGUCUUUCGUUCGGCAGACAUGUACUAA